GCCACCAGCAGCAGGUCGGGAAAGAUGGCGGCGGAGGAGGAGACGAGGCUGAAGCAGCGGAAUCACGAAAACAGCAUCUUCACAGAGGGUGGCCACAGGUUCAAGUCGGACACGUCCCAGAUGAUGCCUGAGGCGGAAGACUACCUGUUGGAGGAGGAGGUGGGCAUGGCCCAGCCUGUACAGAUCGUGGUGGCUAACGAAGAGGAGCACUCGUUCACGCUGCAGGAGGAGGCGCUGGAGAGGCUGCUGCUGCAGGAGGAGGUGCAGGACCUCCAAGUGGUCGUCGUCUCUGUGGCUGGAGCAUUCCGCAAGGGCAAGUCCUUCCUGCUGGACUUCAUGCUGCGCUACAUGUACAAACAGUCCAGUUCCUGGGUGGGCAGCGAGGAUGAACCUUUGACAGGCUUCACCUGGCGUGGCGGCUGUGAGAGGGAGACCACGGGCAUCCUGGCCUGGAGCGAGGUGUUUGUGGUUGAGAAACCAGACGGCUGCCAGGUUGCAGUUCUACUAAUCGACACACAGGGGGCGUUUGACAGCCAAUCAACCAUUAAAGACUGUGCCACACUGUUCGCUCUGAGCACCAUGACCAGCUCUGUCCAGGUGUACAACUUGUCCCAGAACGUCCAGGAAGACGACCUGCAGCACCUUCAGCUCUUCACUGAGUAUGGACGACUCGCUAUGGAGGAAGUCUACGAGAAACCUUUCCAGACUCUGAUGUUCCUGAUCAGAGACUGGAGUUACCCGUACGAACAUCCGUACGGUUUGGACGGAGGAAGGAGCUUCCUGGAGAAACGGCUGCAGGUGAAGCAGAACCAACACGAGGAGCUGCAGAACGUUAGGAAACACAUCCACUCCUGUUUCUCCAACAUCGGCUGCUUUCUGCUGCCUCACCCCGGCCUCAAGGUCGCCACCAACCCUCAGUUCGACGGCCGGCUCAGAGACAUCGAUGAGGAGUUUAAGCGGGAGCUGGUAAAUCUCGUUCCGACGCUGCUGUCGCCAGAGAACCUGGUGGAGAAAGAGAUUGGAGGAGUGAAGAUCACCUGCAGAGAACUGCUGCACUACUUCAAGGUGAGUCCUCGUCGGGCGCCGCUCCACCGUUCACCUGCUCAGUGACGGGAUAUUUAACAGAGAA